GCAAGAGCGAUAGGAAUCUUAAAAAGGAACAGAGCCCCUGCGAUUUGGAUUCCCGCAAAUUUCUGCUGGGGAGCAGUGGUCGGGAGAGAGGAAAGUCAAGAAUUGCAUUUGUUUCUCUGGCGCAGAAAAUGAUCCUGGCAUUCGGAACGACUCUCCAAUCCCCUGCGUCUCUAAGCCCACUUGGAGUCGGUUUAGCUUUCUGUUUUGUCGUGCAUUUGGCGAUUUGAAACCAAGAUCAUCGGAAUUUCUCGCCCAGAAGCAGGCGUUGGCUGGCCAUGAGCACUGGCCGCCGAGAGAUCUUUUUUUUCACGCUCCUCUCUGUCCGCCGAGGAACACGACGUCGAAAACUUCUGGGUAAACCAUUCGCAGGCAAGCGACAUGAUUUCGAGAGCAAUUGAUGAAAUAAUUUUGACUUCUGCGGCCAAGGGGACUUGGAUGCCAAGGCACCGCUGCGAGAGCCGACGGCGAAAAGUGGGAGGCUACUAGCGGCGCUGAUAGGCUGGCCGGCAGACGAUGAUGUCGCGGCUCCCAUCCUCUCCACCGCGGGCUCCAGGCGGCCCCAUAGCUUGCUGGAGGCAGAGCAGGAAAUCUGGUGUAUUUAAGAUGGGCUCUGUCGUCAUUGCAACGUGCUGAUAUGUAACAAAAGGCAGACAAUUCGUCCCCAGAUGACCUGAACUUAGCCGAGAAGCGGCUGGAAAGUUACUUCUCUGAGGUAACUGGUAUCGAAGAGAUACAUCUUGACAAGAUACUUCCCGGACAGCCAGGGUGUGACAGAAGCAGGCUGCACAGACACACGGACUCGACAAAACAGCGCAUAUACAGGCACAACAUCAGGUAACCAUCGCAUUGACUGACUGACCCCUCCCUUGCCCGCUGCCCCUCCUUCCAAUCCUUUCUCAUAACCACAACAACAACAACAGCGGCAACCGUCUUCACUGGCGCCACAUUUGCUUCCACUAUUCUCUCUCUCCUUUUCUCCCUUCUCCAUCCUCCAUCGUCCUCCCACCAACGUCACUCUUCCCUGACCUCACUCUCCACUCUGCGUAUCCCAUCCGUCGACCCAGUGCCCGCUUCUCUUCUUCACUUCCAAACCUCACUUCUCAACCAUGGGUAAGAAGGCUGUCCACUUUGGAGGCGGCAACAUCGGCCGUGGCUUCGUUGGCGAAUUCCUCCACGAGUCUGACUAUGAAGUCGUCUUCGUUGAUGUGAUGGACUCCAUCAUCGACGCGCUCCAAGGCGCUUCCUCAUACAAGGUCACCGAGGUUAGCAACGAGGGAGAGCACACCAAGACCGUCACCAACUACCGUGCUAUCAAUUCCAAGCAUAAUCUCGACCAGGUCAUCAGCGAGAUCUCUACCGCUGAUGUCGUCACCUGCGCCGUCGGCCCAAACAUCCUCAAGUUUAUUGCGCCUCCAAUCGCCAAGGGCAUCGACGCCCGUACUAUCGAAAGACCUCUUGCCGUCGUGGCCUGUGAGAACGCCAUUGGCGCUACCGAUACCCUCCACAAAUUUGUCAAAGAAAACACUGACCCUUCUCGCGUCGAGUCCCUUUCUUCUCGAGCUCGAUUCGCCAACUCCGCCAUCGACCGUAUCGUCCCCACUCAAGACCCAAAUUCGGGCCUCGACGUGAAGAUCGAAAAGUUCUACGAAUGGGUGGUGGAAAAGACACCAUUUGGGGAAUGGGGACACCCCGAUAUCCAGGCUAUUCUCUGGGUCGACAAUCUGGAUCCUUACAUUGAACGUAAGCUUUACACUGUCAACACCGGACAUGCUACUGCCGCAUACUACGGGUACAACAUGGGCAAGAAGACUAUCUACGAGUCUAUGAGCGACGAGAAGAUCCGUGGCCAUGUCAGAGACGCUCUCUCUGAGACUUCGACCCUUAUUGUUGAUAAGUAUGGCAUUCCAGCCGAGGAGCAGCGCAAGUACGUCGACGCCAUCGUCGCCCGAAUUUCUAACCCACACCUCGAGGACGUAGUCGAGCGUGUCGGCCGUGCCCCACUUCGCAAACUCGGUCGCAAGGAACGCUUUGUCGGCCCUGCCUCUCAGUUGGCCGAGCGCGGAAAGAAAGUCGAUGCCUUGUUGGGGGCUAUGGAACAGGCUCUGCGAUUCCAGAAUGUUCCCGAGGACGACGAGAGCUUCGAGCUUGCCAAGAUCCUGAAGACAGAAUCUGCAGAGGAUGCAACCGCGAAGCUGACUGGGUUGGAAAGCGACCAUCCACUUUUCGCACGCGUUGUUGAACGUGUUGCGAAGGUUCAGAAAGGACCGAAUGUGAUGAUUUCAAUUUGCAGGCGCCUCGUUUCACUGUACUCUGCUGCUUAUGAGUCUCUGAUGAAAUCACGAUAGUGCUCCGAUCCCCGAUAUUCGACAGACAGAAUAUCCUAUUAUGGAAAGGCUAUGAGAUUAUGGUAUUACGAUUGCACGGGCCUAAGAAAAGGAAAACGACAAAUUAUGAUAUGGUUAUUAGCAAAAGGGAAUUGAUAUGUAUGAAACUCGUGGUUAUGUUGCUACAACCCUUCCGGAGCACAGGGGCAGCUUUUCGCCCUUGAUCCAAAAAUAGAAAAUCACAUGUUGAAUUUCUAGUCACUUU